AAUUGAUUUUAUCAUUUUAUUUCGAAGUAAUGUGAUUGUGAUUGUUUAAUUUUUAUUAGCCUAGCAAAAUAUUAUUAAUUACCUACAAGAGCGGCCUAAUGGAAUUUAUAGAGCUCAUACUUAUUAAUAAACUAGAUGGAGUUAUACUAAAAUAUCCUCAUCAUGAAAACGUAGAUGGAACAGUCUGUAUCACAGGGCAUCACCUCAUUUUAAGCUCUAGAAAAGAAGGCGUUCGUGAGUUAUGGCUUCUACACAAAAAUAUAGAUAGCAUAGAGAAAAGGGAGACUAAAGUAAGUGGAGGCAUAAUACAGGGUGGAUCUCUCUAUUUAAAAUGCAAGGAUCUCAGAAUAUUUCAACUGGACAUCAGCAGUACAACAGAAUUGAACCUAUUGAUGCAGACCCUGGAGAAUUUGUCAAGUAUACAAGACCCGAUUCUGUUCUACCCAUUCUUUUAUCGGCACAUGCAUCCUAUCAUGGAAAAUGGAUAUACAUUGUAUAGUGUUGAAGGAGAAUUCACGAAAGUGUUAGCGACAGAGGAAUGGCGCAUAUCACGCGUGAACCAGCACUACACAGUGUGUCCUGCAUACCCCAAGGGUGUGGUGGUGCCAAAGAUAAUAGAUGACGAGACGUUAGCCGCUGCUGCCACGUUUAGACAAGGUGGCAGAUUUCCCGUGCUCUCAUAUCGGCAUAAUAAUGGUGCAGUAUUACUAAGAGCCGGUCAGCCACUAUACGGGCCCAAACACCGGCGCUGCAGGCCUGACGAGGCGAUAUUGAAUACUGUAGUGAGCGCUGGCAUGAAAGGUGUUAUAUACGACCUGAGAAGCUCCAACGCGAUACUACAGCAGCAAAAUAAAGGUGGAGGGAGUGAAAGUCCCGCUAACUAUUCACAGUGGAAAAUAUAUAACAGAUCCAUGGACGAGGUGGAUAACCAACAGCAGUUAUUGGAGAACUUUUCCAAACUUAUCGAAGCGUGCGUAGAUCGGGAAAUAUCAAGCGACAAGUGGCUAUCCAAGCUAGAGUCCUGUGGCUGGCCGGAGUCCGUUAGAAACGCGCUGCACACUGCCUGUAUAGUUGCUCAGCAUAUACACCAGAAAGCAGAACCAGUCCUAAUACACGGAACGCGGGGAGAGGAUGCAACAUUAUUAGUUUGCUCAUUAGUACAAAUUAUUCUUAAUCCUGACUGCCGGACUCUCCGAGGGUUACAAGCUUUAAUAGAAAGGGAAUGGCUUCAAGCAGGCCAUCCGUUUGGCACAAGACUAAGAUCAGGUCCAUACUCAGCAUCACAAGCAAGAUCAGCACCAACGUUUCCUCUGUUCUUGGACUGCGUGCGGCAAUUCUUGGAGCAGUUCCCCUGCAGUUUUGAAUAUCGACAAUGCUUCCUUGUCACUUUGUUUGAACAUGCAUAUUCUAGUCAAUUUGGAACAUUCCUCUGUGAUAGCGAUCAGGAACGUGAAACACGUGGCGUUUAUGAUCAAACUACGAGUAUAUGGUCGUGGAUCAACCAGCCUGACGAACUGACGGCCUACAUCAACCCGCUAUAUGACCCCACGCCUAAUGUUAUAUGGCCUUCCGUUGCACCUAUGAGCUACGUCAUUUGGGAAGAACUCUACCUCCGUUGGCUGGCCCACCAACACACAGAAGAGCGCGAAGAGCAAUACAAGAUUAUACGUACGCGUGAGCAACACUUACGCGCGCAGGCCUUACAGCUACGUAGAGAACUGCUCGAUCUAGCCAACCAGUACUACGCGCCCACUGGCAAAUGAUGCGGUUACUUUACCUAUAACGCGUGCCAGUAAAGAUCAGAUCAUUCCAUCUCACUUACAAAGUAUACCUGAAUACAGCGUGUGAGUGAAACGGAAUCAAGCGUCGCUUCGAUUCGAUUCGUUCCUUUACUGACACGCGUUAUGAAGCCAGACACUCAAUGCGCUAUGGAAACUGCGCGCGCAGGCUUUAGAACUCCUCAGAGAACUGCUCGAUUUAACCAGCCAAUACUAUGUGCCCACUGGCAAAUGAUGCGACUAUUUCACCUAUAAGGCGUGCCAAUAAGGAAUGGAUCAUUAUAUCUCACACAGUAAGUAUACCUCUGUAUAGUAGGUGAGUGACUCAGAAUGAUAAGCGCCGCUUCGGUUCUAUUCGUAUCUUUAUUGGCAUGCGUUAUAAAGCCAAAAACUCAAUUCGUUAUGGAAAUUGCGCGCGUAGCCUUUACAACCCACCUUUACAGCUUUUGCACAGGGGACUGCACGAUUUGAUGAGUUGGUUCUUAUAAAGAGGCAUUGCAAAACAUUUAGCUAGUUUAUUAAUAAAAUAACUAACAUUCCUAUAAAACUGUUGAAUAAUUUUUAUUAGGAAUCCAAUGGCGUCAAUCUUAAUUAAAGUCUCAAAUUGCAUAACGUCCUCAUAUCUUACAGUGAUUGCAAAACUAGUAUGUGGUCCGAUCUGAACACAGGCCUAAUUACGCGGUGUACAAAAACAGAUCUCAGCCGGUCUUGUUAUUUUGCCCUUGUAUCUGCGCACCUUGUUGUACCUGCGCAGACGCCAUGUUGUAACUUCAGGUUUGUCUGCUUAUUUUGCGAUCACUAACGCUAAGUACACUGCGAACUACAUUCUCGUAGCGUGUCUAAAGGGCACUAGAGUGAGGGAACUUUCGGUUUAUCGACGAUAUGUCAAAUAUUAGGAGGCUAUGGCGACGUAAAAUCAAAAAAGAAAAAUAGGGCUACCUGCGUCAAAAGCACUAAUAUUUGACGCCUGCCAGUGACGUCGAAGCCUCGACGUUUUGUUAGAAGUUCCCUAAGGGUCGUGAACUGUGACGAAAUAAUGCGAUCGAUGUGAAGACGUCGACACUAAUCUGUCGUGCCGUUCUGACGCACCGAGUGCAUUUUCAUUGGUCGACCGCUAGAGUGCGUCCCAACGCAUCACGACCCUGCAUUUUGUUUGAAUCCUUGUACCUAUAACUAACUUCAAAAACAAAUUUUUGAUCAUUCUUAUGAUUUUUUUAAAUUGCCUACAAAUUUUGUUUUUGCAACGUAAUUUUUUAUUGAAUCAUUGCAAAUUGUACUUUAGAUAUUUAAUUCAAGAUUUUGAUACUAAAAAGAAUGGCACUUUUUUGUACAUAAAACUGCUAAACCUUGUAGUUGUUAAAAGUGAAUUUCUAAAAAGGCUAAAUAAAACUGCCAGGAAACUUGUUUUAAAAGUAUAAUUAUAAUUAGUUAGGUAAAAAGCUAAGCAACACAACUUAAGACAACUUUUGUAAAUUUUUCAAAAUACAAGAGCAAGGCAACGUGCAAAUUAAUUUUAGUACGAUAAUAAAGAAAACGUCUAGAAAGAAGGUUCAGACAAUCUACGUGAAAAAAAAAUGUCCAGAGCUGAUUGGUUUUUUGUAUAUUUGGGGCACUGAGUAUCCACUUAAAAAGAGUCCUAAUAAAAUAGGAAGAGACCCAGAAAUGUACAAUAUCGUCCUCAAUUUGAGUUCAUCAUCAAGACAGCACGCUGAAAGACGUUUUAAUGCUGAUGGAUUUGAACUCUGCAAAAAAAUUGUCAGAUAAAACAUUACCACCAUACAUACCUCACCCUUUAAGACAACUUUUGAAAAUAUUGUUAAAUAAGUAUUAUACAUAAUUACAAUAAAGCCAGGUAGGUACUUACUCACUAGCGAUCCGUUACCGUUACAUGUUACUAAGGAAUUACCAUAAUUAUUAUUAAUAUAUAAGAGGAAAGGUGACUGACUGACUGCCCGAUCUAUCAUAUCUAUCUAACGGAAUAAAAAAAUAAAAAAGCUCAAACUACUUGACGGAUCGGGCUGAAAUUUGGCAUGCAGAUAGCUAGGUUAUGACGUAGCCAUCCGCUUCGAAAGGAUUUUUGAUAAUUCAGCUCCUAAGGGGGUAAAAUA